AUGUUCUUUACUAUUAUGAGUCGUUUUGAUCAAGAGUUAGCAAACGAGAAUAGGGGCAUCGUCCUGGACUCUCUUCAAAAAGCGUUCCACAUGAUUGACAUUGCGAAGCAAUCUUUAGAACUGCGUCCCUGGAACGCGAGGCCUGAGAUAAUGUAUAGAGAGAUAUCUCAAAUUGCGGACUGGAUAUUUAAGGAUUCUGGAAACACAGCGCCAGGUGUGUGGCGUACCGGUGGAGCGAACACUCUCGAUAGACUCUAUGGUAAGAACACGAUCAAAGGAAAGGAGCCUACCAUAAAUUUCUAGAAUAAACGUUACUUCAGAUAUUAUUUCUGACAUUCUCGAAAUGAGGCAACAGGUUGGCCUGGGAGUUGCAGGCAGAAGAGAGGUGGUACGCGGGAUCGAGUUCAUCUUACUGAGAUUUGUUACUGUUUACUGAAUACCUCAUACUCAGGUCAUAUGGUGCGCUUCACCUCCUCUCAAACGCACCAAGGCUGCACGUCUGUGGGACGCGGCCAUCUCGGGCUCCUAUGAAGUUUUUCCCAAUGAAGAUGGCGAACAAUCCAUUGAAACGGACCCAUACAAUAUUCUUUUAACAGAAAUGUGGACUGCAGUACCCCGUCAUGGACCAGCUCCAUCUAAAAUACAAAUUUGUCCGAAAUACUUUGCCAAGAUGAAGAAAGCUCAAUUCCGCAGCGCAGAAAACUUCAAGAACCUGGAUCUCGACGCAAAUGGAAGUGAGUUGCUACAAUAUCUCACUAGUCAUAUAUAGUACCACUUACUACAUACUAAUGUGGUUCACAGAAAAGCUGUGGGUAAUACCGGGAACUGCUAUGGAUCUAGCCGCACUUAUGGAUGUGACGUUUGUACAUGAAUUGAAGCACAAAUUUUCUGGAACGGAAUUGCAUGAUGUAGAAAGCUCCUCAAACCGUAUGGCUGGGUGA